AUGAUGUGCCCCACCACUACCACUACCGAGAACCAACCAACCGGUCCCAAAGAAAAGAGAGACAGCUUGGAAGGCAUGUGCAUUCUCGCUGCUGCCAACGCUGGUUCCUUGCCCGACAGUCCACGUGGAGUUGUGGAUCACGACAAUGAUGUCGUCGACGACGACAGCGCUGCCAGGAAGGAGAGACGCAGAGAACGACGCAGGAGCGAUAACGAGUCGAACCAUGGGAGAGUUCGAAGCAGGAGCCGCAGCAGCCGAAGGAGCUUAAGCAAAGCGGGAUCCAGGCGUGGUCUCCUUUGGGCCAGUGAUUCGACUGGAACGCUCCGACAGACUCAUACGUUCGACGGUGAAACGCAGGAUGCGCCUUGCGGCAGUGCUGGAUCGCUCAAGCAGAGCCACUCGGCAAACUGUCUCAAGAAGUCGUCCUUUGAUUCCACAGAGAGGAAGUCUUCCGAGACCAAGACAAACAGAAAGAAGCGUUCUUCCAAGAACAAGGAACUCAAGGAGCACGCUGCCACUUUGACCCAGUCGUCUUCCACUCCAAAUCUCAAGGCGUCAACCUUGAAGUCGUCAACCUUGACGACGGAACCCACCCUGUUGGAUAAUGCCAGUCUUAUCCUGCAGCAGCGCAAGACCGAUCGACGCCGUCGCAGUACCAUUGACCAGAGCAAGGUGGAUUCACUUGGCAACAACAUGCGACGAACCAGUCUCAUAUCCAAAGACUCUUUCCCGUCACUCUUGAACGAUCUUGAUAGGGCCACCACUCAUUAG